AUGUCUCGUAUAAGUUCUGCAGCGCAGCCAAGAGCGCUGACUCUAACGGAAGAGUUGGAAAAGCUAGAACAAUCCAUUACUCUGACACUGCAAGAGAUUGACCACAAUUUCAGCCGUGCCCAUCGAAUAGUCACCUCGAGCAUUCUACCUGUCGUUGAGCAAUAUGCGACCCAUUCAAAGGAGGUCUGGGAGGGGUCGAAAUUCUGGAAGCAAUUCUUCGAGUCGAGUGCCAAUGUGUCUCUCUCAGGUUACGAGGAACAACCAUCGCAACAUGAAUCUACAGACAAUACCUUCACGGAGGAUUCCAAUGCCACAACGAACGAAACAUCAAACUCAUACGAGACACCGUCCGCACAACACAUUUCAACAGAUUCAAUACAAGACCUCGACCUGUCAAAUCUGACUGUAUCCCCGUUCCACAGCACACCGCGACCUUCUAAGCCUGCACAGGCAACCUUCGCUGACUACCCAUCCCCGUACGAAGCACUGAGACAAGAAGUCAAUAGCACGACAGUGGAUGCUACAUCAAUGACUCAAACGAUGCCAGAGACGCCAGGCAGAGCCUUCUUUCCCGUCGACACUAUCGAACAAACCCCAGAAUCCUCGCCGUUUCUACCUCCACCACCUACGUCAAUCCCUCGACCCUCUCCGCAGCGCAUCAAGACCGAUCCUCUCCUUCAUCGGGUCCUCGAUCGAAAUUAUCGUGUCCAAGCCACGCCGAUGACGGGCAACCGCUUCACAAACAGAUCCAGGGCAGCGGAAACACCACAGACCGCAAAACGCGCCGUUGACCCAACGUUAUCGUCGAGCCCGGAGAUGGCUCCACCAGAACUUCAUGCCGAAGUAUUCUCGUCUCCAGAGCGCAAGACUCGUAUUCCAGGUGUCAGUGUUUUGACUCCGGGCAAGAACAAGAUCAAGGCACCUUCACGAACACCUGGGAUUUGGGACAGUGAUGACGAUGAGUCGGACGAUGAUCUAGCGUUUGGACAGAGCCCGCCGAAGACUAUGCAGUUUCACGUUCCACAACACCGGCUCAUGCAAACUCCAGCCAAGGAAGCGUCAAAACGUAUAGUGGAGGACAUCCUUACCAAUGCGGGAGUGGACUACGACGACGAAGAGAUAGACUUUGAGCACGGACUGGAGACGCAAGGAUUUGAUCUGGAGGACGCCACAAGUCCCAGUGUCGUUCGCAAGGCUGUCAAUAUCGAAGAUGAGACGUUUUAA